AUGGCAAAAGAACAAGAAUAUAUUAGAAGGAUCACUUGUGAAGUCUCUAAAAAGAUCAAUCGCACACCAUUACAUGUCACCAAUUAUCCAGUUGGACUUGUGCCUUGGGUCCAACAAGUGAUGUCACUUGUAGAUCUUUGGCCCAAUGAAGAAGUCAACAUGGUUGGAAUUUGUGGCAUUGGGGGAUUAGGUAAAUCAACAAUUGCAAGGGCUGUUUAUAACUCAAUCGCUGAUCAUUUUGAUGGUUUAUGUUUUCUUUCUAAUGCUAGAGAAACUUCUAACAAGCAUGGCUUGCUGUAUCUUCAAGAGAUAUUACUUUGCAAAUUAGUCAUGGAGAAAGAUCUUAAAUUGGGAGAUUCCGAUAAAGGAAUUUCUAUUAUAGAACAUAGGCUUCAUCAAAAGAAGAUCCUUUUGGUUAUUGAUGAUGUUGACAAAUUGGAGCAAUUAGAGGCUCUAGCGAGAAGAUGUGAUUGGUUUGGUUUUGGAAGGAGAAUCAUAAGUACAACUAGAAAUAAGCAUUUGUUAGCAUGUCAUGGGAUUAAAAGAAUUUAUGACGUCAUGGAAUUAAAUGAUGAAGAAGCUCUUCAGUUGUUUAGUUGGAAUGCCUUGAAAAAGGAAAAUAUAGAUUUUAGUUACCUUGAUAUUUCAAAUAAUAUAAUACUUUAUUCAUGUGGCCUUCCACUAGCCUUGGAAGUAAUUGGCUCUGAUUUAUGUGACAAAAUGAUUGAUGAAUGGAAAUAUGCAUUUGAUAAAUACCGAAGAAUACCAAAUAAACAAGUUUUUGAAGUCUUGAAAUUAAGCUUUGACACUUUAGAGGAUAGAGAGAAGGAGAUGUUCCUUGACUUGGCAUGCUUUUUCAAAGGUGAAAAAUUAGAUGUCAUAAAAACAUUGCUUAGUUUCUGA